GCAGGUCGGGUAUAUAAGCUCCCCAGCCGGCUAUCGGUUCUCCAGUCGAGCUUAGUCUGCUGCGAGAUGAGUUCCCGGCGAGAGAUUCUAGGAGUGGUGGUGGCCCUGGUGGUGGCGGGCCUGUUCCUGGUGGCCCAGGCCGAAGAGCCUACCUAUCGCUUGUGUGUUCCGCAAAUCUACUUGAAAGAAUGCCAACAACUGCUGGCCGAUCCCUCGGAGGCUGGCAUCCGGAUGGAGUGUGUCCCUGGACGGGAUCGGGUGGACUGCCUGGAGCUGAUCGAGCAGAGGAAGGCCGAUGUCCUGGCCUCGGAGCCAGAGGACAUGUACAUCGCCUAUCAUCGCAAGAACGAGGACUUUCGAGUGAUUUCCGAAAUUCGCACGCAGCAGGAUAAGGAUGCCCCCUUCCGUUAUGAGGGCAUUAUCCUGGUGAAGAAGUCCUCCCCCAUCCAGACCCUCCAGCAGCUGCGCGGCGCCAAGUCCUGCCACACUGGCUUCGGACGGAAUGUCGGCUACCGGAUCCCCAUCACCAAGCUGAAGAACAACAAGGUCCUGAAGGUCUCCAGCGAUCCGGAGAUCUCCGCCACGGAACGGGAGCUCAAGGCACUGUCCGAGUUCUUCAGCGAGUCCUGUUUGGUCGGCAACUACUCCACCCACCCCAGUACGGAUCACUCCCUGAAGAAGAAGUAUGCGAAUCUCUGUGCCCUCUGCGAGAAGCCCGAACAGUGCAACUAUCCGGACAAGUUCAGUGGGUAUGACGGCGCCAUUAGGUGCCUGGACAAGGGCAAGGGCGAGGUGGCCUUCACCAAGGUUCAGUUCAUCAAGAAGUACUUCGGACUGGCUGGUGGGGAUACCCCCGCGGAGGGUAAUCCCGAGGAGUUUGAGUAUCUCUGCGAGGAUGGCAGUCGCAAGCCCAUUACUGGACCCGCCUGCUCCUGGGCCCAGCGCCCCUGGAUGGGCUACAUCUCCAACGAACAGGCCGUUAGGACUCCGGAGAAGCUCGACCAGCUGCAGCACCGCCUGGAGCGCUUCUUCAGCAAUGGGCUGCAGGCGCAGAACAAGGACGCCGCCGCCCACCUCCUCAUCCAGCCGAACGCCGUCUACCACAGCAAGGACGCGGCCAUCGAUCCGAAGGUCUAUCUGGAGCGGGCCGGCUACAAGGAUGUGAUCGAGCGGGACGGCAGCGCCAUCCGGAAGAUCCGACUCUGUGCCCAGAACGACGCCGAGUACGCCAAGUGCCAGGCUCUGCAUCAGGCCGCCUACUCCCGGGACGCCCGGCCGGAGCUGGAGUGCGUCCAGUCGGUGGACUGCAUCCUGGCGGUCACCAAGAAGGAGGCCGACCUGGUCGUGAUCGGCUCUGAUACCUGGGAGGAGGCCCGCAAGUCGAAGCUCCAGCCGGUGGUCUAUGAGCAGCUCGACUCCCAGGACAUACUGGUGGCGGUGGCGCCACCUAGCGUUGGACGCGCCGAUAUCCUCAAGACGGGCAUAAAAUUCGAUGAAUCCUCGGAACGUGCCCACCUCUCCUCCGUGUUCCUGCACCGCCUCCUGGGCGCCCAGACCUGCCGCGUCCGCUCCUCCCCCGACAGCCAGGUCGAAAUAGUGCCCGCCUCGGAGCUGGAGAAGCACAAGGACUCCCAGCUGAUCUGCAAGCGGUUCGAGCGUCGUCCUGUCACCGACUACCGCUCCUGCAACCUGGACCUGAUGCUGCCCCACGCCGUCUUCAUCCGCUCGGACACCACCGCCGUGGAGCAGGAGACCAUCAAGCACCUCUUCUCCGCCCUGUCGGACAAGUUCGGGGCUCAUGGCAAGUUCGUGGAUGUGUUUGCCAUCUUCGGGGAGUUCCAGCCAGGACAUCCCAAUGUCUACUUUGAUGACAAAGCUGUGAUCUUCACCACGGAACUAACCAAUGAACUGCAGAACGAGUACAUCAACUGGCACCUGCAGUGCGGCAGCGACAACAAAAUCAAGAAAAAUUAGUUCCCCCCUUUAUAGGGGUUGAAAUAUAAUAAAAUAUUAUUAAAUAUAUUAAAGGCUAUUCAAGAAAA